AAAAAAGAAAGAAAUAGUGCAAGGAGAAGGGGCUAGUCAGCUUCCGCUUGUCUUUUAACAAAUGCUCCUUGAUACCAUUUGUUUGUUUGUUUAAGUAUGAUACUUAAUACUACUAUAUAUCCUGGGAGCCUCACCCUCCAGUUUUAGCAACAGCAACAAAAAAUAGAGAAGCAUUAGAAGCAGAAACAGAAAAUGAUGCCUUCUGCCACCUCUUUUUAUCAUUCAGUUCUUAAACCUCAGACGAUUUGUGAAACAAAUACAAACAAAUUCAAACCUUCCCAUUCCUACGUUGAUGCCACCCGAGGAACUGAUUUUGCUCUUCAAUGCAAUGACGCGACCAAAGAAAGAAUUAGGAAACUGUUCCAUAAAGUUGAAUUUUCUGUUUCUUCAUACGACACUGCGUGGGUCGCAAUGGUUCCUUCUCCACAUUCUGCUCAAGUCCCAUGUUUCCCUCAGUGCCUAGACUGGCUGUUGCAUAAUCAACUUGAAGAUGGAUCAUGGGGGCUUCCCCAUCACCAACCCCUCUUACUUAAAGAUGUUCUUUCCUCUACUUUGGCUUGUGUCCUUGCCCUUAAAACAUGGGGAAUUGGUCAAGACGUAAUCACCAGGGGUUUACGUUUUAUCGAGUUAAAUUUUGCCUUUGCUACUGACCAGGACCAAUAUUCUCCAAUUGGAUUUGAUGUUAUAUUCCCUCGCAUGCUUCAACAUGCUGAAGAUUUAUCAUUGAAGCUUCAUUUAGAAUCAAGAGUGUUGAGUGAAUUGCUUCAUAAAAGGGAUAUCGAGCUCAGAAGAUUGUAUGACAGUAGCUCGUUGGAGCUUAAUGCUUACCUCGCUUAUGUGGCAGAGGGAAUUGGAGAACUUCAAGACUGGAAAAUGGUUAUGAAAUAUCAGAGGAAGAAUGGUUCACUAUUCAAUUCACCAUCUACUACAGCUGCUUCUCUUAUUCGCCUUCAUGAUUCUGGUUGUCUCGAUUACCUUCGCGGUGCAUUGAGAAAGUUUGGGAAUGCUGUUCCAACUAUCUAUCCAGUAAAUAUACAUGCACGCCUUUGUAUGGUCGAUAAUAUCAAUAAACUGGGAAUUUGUCGGCAUUUUGCCGAGGAAAUUCAGAAUGUAUUGGAUGAAACAUACAGAUGCUGGCUGCAGGGGGAGGAAGAAAUCUUCACAAGUGCUGCCACUUGUUCCAUGGCAUUCAGGAUAUUGCGCGGAUAUGGAUAUAGUGUCACCUCUGAUCCUGUAGCUCAGUUUCUGGAGCAGGAGCAAUGUAGUGGCCAUUUGAAUGACAUACAUACUAAGUUGGAUUUAUAUCAAGCUUUAGAAAUGAUUAUUGCCACAGAUCAACCAGUUUCAAAGAAAUUGAACUCAUCAUCCUUGCAAUCAUUGAGACAGCGACUAUCAGGUGAGUUUUAUCCUCCAAAUGGGCUCACCAAACAGAUCCGUGAACAGGUGGAUGAUGUUCUUAAGUUUCCUUCUUAUGCUAACUUAGAACGGGUAGCCAACAGGAGAAAUAUAAAGCACUAUGAUGUAGAUAAUACAAGAGUCCUAAAAACUUCAUAUAGUUCAUCAAACUUUGGCAACAAAGAUUUCAUAGCCCUAGCGGUAGAAGACUUCAACUUUUGCCAAUCUAUUCACCGCAGUGAAUUAAAACAACUUGAGAGGUGGUUAAUGCAAAACAGAUUGGACAAACUGAAGUUCGCAAGAGAGAAAUCUGCAUACUGCUACUUUUCUGCUGCAGCCACAAUUUUUCAACCUGAACUAUCUGAUGCCCGUAUGUCAUGGGCCAAGAAUGGUGUGCUUACUACAGUGAUUGAUGAUUUCUUUGAUGUAGGAGGCUCUAUGGAAGAAUUGAACAACCUAAUUCAGUUGUUUAAGAAGUGGGAUGUAGAUGUUAGCACUGACUGCUGUUCGGAGAAAGUUAGCAUUAUAUUUUCGGCGUUACAAAGUACUAUCCGUGAGAUUGGAGAUAAAGCAUUUAAGUGCCAAGCACGUAGUGUGACAAGACACAUAACUGAUAUUUGGUUGAAUCUACUGAAUGCUAUGUUGAGAGAAGCUGAAUGGGCUAGAGAUAUGUCGGUGCCAACAUUGGACGAAUAUAUGGCCAAUGGUUAUGUAUCAUUUGCCUUAGGACCAAUUGUCCUUCCGGCACUUUAUUUUGUUGGCCCUAAGCUCCCAGAUGAUGUUGUGCAACAUCCCGAUUACCACAGUUUAUUCAAGUUAAUGAGCACUUGCGGACGUCUUCUUAAUGACAUCAGAAGUUUUGAGAGAGAGUCGAAGGAUGGAAAGCUGAAUGCUGUAACCUUGAGCGUCAUUCAUGGAAAUGGCAGCAUAAGUGAGGAAGUAGCCAUUGAAGUUUUGAGUCAUAGAGUUGAAAUGCAAAGGAAAGAACUCCUGAAUAUGGUUCUGCAAGGAGAGGGCAGUGUAGUUCCACGUGCUUGCAAGGAUCUAUUUUGGAAAAUGAGCAAAGUGCUGCAUCAAUUUUACAUCAAAGACGAUGGUUUCAGUUCAAUGGGGAUGGCCGAUACUGUGAAGGCAAUUAUUCACGAACCUAUAACGACUUUGGGGCUUCCAAACUGAGUACCGAUACAAUUAUGAGGUCUCAAACCCUUAGUUUUCGUGCUUUCAUUUGCUAGUGCAUCCACAACAAGUUCUGUUUUAUUUAGUGCAAACAGGUUAAUAUCUUGAUCAUUCAUGUAUUUUUUUUUGUGUGUUAUUAUGCAUAUUCUGUGGUGUGUGAAGUGUGAACACGGACAAGCAUGUCGUCUUGAUUUGAUGGAACUUGAUAGCUGUACUUCGCCCUCUCAUCCUUGGGAAGCGAGGCCAUUCAUUGGCACUUCCACCGAUAAAUUGGAUUCAUUCGACACAA